AUGGCUAUGUUAUAUCUCUUCGUAGCCAUAUUUCUGGCUAUGGUUGGGUCGUGUUUGAAUUGGAACACUGAAUCAGCGGUACCUGCAGUUUUCCUGUUUGGAGACUCGACUUUAGAUGUUGGUACCAACAAUUUUUUGAAUGAUUCACAGUCCAGAGCUGAUAUGCCAUUUUAUGGGAUUGAUUUUCCUAACAAAAACGCCACUGGGAGGUUUAGCAAUGGCUAUAACACUGCUGAUCGCAUUGUGAAAUUACUAGGAUUUGACGAGAGCCCUCCUCCAUAUUUCUUUCUACUCAACAGUGAUACAGAAAAUUUCAAGAGCCACAUCCUUAAAGGCGUCAAUUUUGCUUCAGGAGGAUCAGGGAUCCUGCCCGAGACAGGAAAACAAAACUAUAUCGAUGUAGUAUCGAUGGGAGAUCAGAUCCAACAAUUCAAAACUGUUCACGACAAUAUCUCACAAUAUCUAAAUGGCUCUGCAGAGGCCACAAUUAAUAAAUCUCUCUUUCUUGUAAGUGCGGGAAGCAACGAUAUAUUUGAUUUCUUUUUCUUCAAUAUAGAUAAGAAUCCUGGUAAAUCCACACUAAAGGUGCUGGAAUUCAUCUCUAAGCUAAUGAGUAAUUACCAAGCUCAUCUCAAGAAUCUCUACGACCUUGGAGCUAGAAAAUUUGGCAUAUUAAGUGUUCCUCCUAUAGGUUGCGUCCCAAUUCUCUCUGCCUUUGCCGAUCCAAGUACUCAUUGUGUCAACGAGAUUAAUGAUGUUGCUCAAAUCUUCCACGUGCAAUUAGAUAGAAUGCUACAAAAUUUGAGCUCAGAGUGCCCAGGCAUGAAAUACUCACUUGGAGAUUCAUAUAAUAUUACCUUUACCAUGAUAAAUAAUGCUGAUUUACUUCAUUUGGAUAAUGUAACAUCAGCAUGCUGUGGAAAUCAAACGUUCCUUGUUAGUGGAUUGAUUGGAGUCCCAUGCAGCCCUAAUGCCACUGUGUGCGAGAAUCACAACAACUACUUGUUUUGGGACCAGUUCCAUCCCACGGAGUACGUUUCUACUCUUGCUGCCUCUAUGCUCUAUAACAAUGGGAGUGAAUUUGUAACACCCAUUAAUUUUAGACUACUGGUUGAGGAUUCAUGA